AUGACCCAGCAGGAGGUCACGAUGCAUGGGCGACUAGCUAUCCACGCGGACGGCCAAUUCACCUAUGAUGAACUUCAUUGUGCAGCUCUUCGCCUCGCAGCAGUGUUGCAUAACAACCACGUUGCGGUCGAAGAGAGAAUUCCGUUGUGCAUGAGAAAAAGCAAAUGGACGAUCGCUGCUAUAUAUAAACCUCCCCCAAAGCGCCUGCUGGCGUUGACGGAGCGGCUGGAUGCGCGAUUGGUGGUGACAGAUCAGACUAUGUCCACGGUCUUCAUCCCUUCUGGGUUGACCAUUGUGACAUACCGAUCCGGUGUUCCCAGAGUCCCCGAAUCGCGGCUGGCACUAGGCAAGUUGUCGGCAUCAGCAGCCGCGUUCAUUUACUUCACUUCUGGAAGUACAGGGACGCCAAAAGGGGUCGUCCUCGAACAUGGCAAUCUAUAUGCUGCUAUUCGUGAAGUUACCAAAACAAGGGAAAUUCAAGUUCACUGUGACGGCGAGCCUCUGCUGACGGGUGCCUGGUAUUAG